AUGCUCGUUGAUAAGAACACAGCACAAAUGGAUGGUCUUAAUUGAAAAUUUUCUAUUUAAUACAAAAAAGUUUUGAAUUUAGUGUUUUUAUAUACUUUUUAACGUUUCAAUAUUGAAAUGUAAUAAGAUUUUUCUGCACUUUUAUUUGUUCACUAAUAUUUUAAUGUAUAUAAAAUAUUAGACAUCUUUAAUGUGUAUCUCUAAUUCAGCUUUUAGGCGCUGCUCUCUAUCGGGGAUUUAAGAAAGCGUAUCAACUUUAGUGAGAAGCAUGUUUACCAACUAAAUAGAAAAGUGAGAAUCAGUUUUCACACAGUAUUCAAGUGUCAACGGGAACGACCACGACUGUUGAGUUGAGUGCGCGAACAUAGUUUGUAGUUACGGUGUUGUAGGAGUACUGUUUGUUUUGAAACUGAGUACCGUGAAUACUACGAAGUUGUAUAUAACAUGUGUGGAUGAGGCUGGUAAUGGACCCCCUGGGCAAGGCGGCCGAUGUGGUGGAGGCCGGAGCGCUCCAGCCGUGGGCCCAGGUCGCGCCCGCCCACCGCCCCACCGACUACAGCAGCUUGGCGGAGGACAGGCGCCACGUCGCCAGCCCCUUCCCCUGCAACCACAGGCUCAACAAGAAGGUCGUGCUGUGGGUGGGAAACAUUGCAUCGCUGAAUGUAGAUGCUGUUGUCAACACCACCAAUGAGUCGCUAAAUGAGAGGAACCCGAUAUCAGACGGAAUCUUUGCGAGAGCAGGGCCCGGACUGCUGAAGGAGAUUCAAGAGGAAGUAAGAGAGUGCAGAACUGGGGAGGUCAGAGUCACGCAAGGGCACAACCUUCCGGCGCGGUACGUCAUCCACACGGUCGGCCCUAAGUACAACAUCAAGUACCAGACUGCCGCCCAGAACACGCUACAUUCCUGCUACAGAAAUGUUCUUCAGAAGGCUUGUGAACUAGGAGUGUCUUCGAUAGCACUGUGCGUGGUGAACUCAGUGCGUCGGAACUUCCCACCAGACGAAGGAGCCCACAUAGCACUACGCACAGUCCGCAGGUUCCUGGAGAAGCACGGCAGCUCUCUCGAAACCGUCGUGUUCGCCAUCGGCAACGCAGACAUCGGCAUCUACGAGGUCCUCUUGCCCCUGUACUUCCCCCGCUCGCCCCAGGAGGAGCAGAACGCGCUCUGGCAGCUCCCGGCCAACGUUGGCGGCCCUGACGGGGAGCCCAUCCAGCCCGACAGGCAGAUCCGCAUCAUCGACAACCCUCAGCAUGCGCUAGAAGAUGACUCGGGGGACCUGUCGUCGCAUUUCGAGACGUCCCUGAGCGUGGGGGAGCUGGCGUUCAGCCAGAUGCAAGGGGACCUGGACCAGCAGCGGUUGCUGGGGGAGCGGCCCCCCACCGACCCCCUCGGCGACCUGCUCGUCAAGGAGAUGCACACCAAGGAGAGGUACGAGCGACUGCUGCGACGAGCCAAGACGGAGGACUUGUCUGAAGUGUCUGGCAUCGGCUGUCUGUACCAGAGUGGCGUCGACAGGCUGGGACGACCCGUCAUCGUGUUUGUGGGCAAGUGGUUUCGCUUCAGUGAAAUAAACCUCGACAAGGCUCUGCUGUACCUCAUCUACCUGCUGGAUCCUCUGGUGAAGGGAGACUAUGCUAUCGCAUACUUCCACACACUCACGUCGAGCGCAAACCACCCAUCGUUUGCGUGGCUGCGGGAGGUGUACAACAUUUUACCCUACAAGUAUAAGAAGAAUCUGAAGGCUUUCUACAUUGUUCAUCCAACCAUCUGGACUAAAAUGAUGACGUGGUGGUUCACGACGUUCAUGGCGCCAGCCAUCAAGCAGAAGGUGCACAGCUUGCCGGGCGUGGAGUAUCUGUACAGCACCAUGUCGCCGGAGCAGCUCGAGAUCCCCGCCUUCAUCACGGAGUACGACAUGACGAUCAAUGGACUCCGCUACUUCCAGCCAGAAUCACCAACCUAAGAACAUGUGAGAUCAUCAUGCAAGUUCUGCAGCAUGCUUUAAGAAUACUAGAUGAGUUAUGAAGGAAGGCAUUUAUUUUUUUUAAACAAACAAUUUAUAAAGCUUUACUGAAAUUUUUUUUUAUAUAACAAAGAUUCCAUGGAAGCAGUUUGCAGCUGUUGGGAGAUAGUGCAAUUUGUGGCAGGUUUUAUUGCUAAUCUACGCUGUGCUCAGCAUUCUAGCCCAGCUAUAGGAGGUAUAUCAUCAUGUGCAAGUAGUGGCUGUAGAAGAGCAUGUGUUUGUUUAAACUGUAUGCAAGGUAUAGCAUAAGGAACAUUUUACAAAAACUGCCAAUGUGACAUGUACUUAACAUGUGAGAUGGAAAGGAAAAAAAAAAAUUAACUAUGUAUAUCAACAUUUAUAUGAGGAAGCUAAAGAAAAACUUAUUUCAUUGACAAACAUUUUUAUGCUGAUAUUUAACAUUCUAUACACAAUAUUUAAUCACUAUAUAAAAUAAAGCAAGUUAUCUUGUAUAUAUGCAGGACAGUGUGAAUUUUUAAAAUCUUAGUUAGUUUUUAUUAUUGAUUGAUGCUAGGUUAAUGUGCCAUUUGUGUUUGAAAACUUUAAUUUCUAUUGAUUUUUUUAAAAAUAUAUUUAUCCAUGAUUACUUUUCUUUAUAGAAUAAUUGUGUGUACCAGUUCUGAAGGUAGAGUUUAAAAUUUUAAUUCAAUAUUUAUGAAUUGUGAUGUUUGAAGUUCUGUUGAUUAUUUUAAUAACUUUAUCCUAGACAUUUUUAAUUACGAUUUAAUCUGGCCAUUUAUAAAGAUUCAGGUAUAAGUUGUAAAUGUGUGUCCAAGUGAUUAUUUUUGUAUGUCAUUACAUGGUAUGUACUUAAGUUGUUUUUGGGAUUUGAGACCCAUCACUAUAAAUUUAUGAAAAAAUAACUACAGAUUUAUUUAAUUUUUAUUUUGCUGGUCACUGUUUAAUUUUUGAGCUGUGAAUUCCUAUCACUGAUAUAAAACAUUUUGAAAUGUAAUUCUCAAAACAUAGCAACAAAUAUUUUUAAUAAAGUGCACUUUAGAAAUUAGAAAACAUCAAUAUUUUGAAGCUAUUUUUAGGGUAUAAAAUUGAUAUUUAGUGAUGGUGGUAUUUUACUUUCUGCAUGUUGCAAGUACAUUUAUAUUAUAGAGCAACAUUUAAGAUGGUUUAUAAUCAGUUCAAACAAAUUGGAAGGAAGGUUUGAUUUUUUAUUUCAACCCAUUUUUACUGCGAUAGUUUGUUUCAUCAUGAAUUGUUUUAUCAGCCAAAGGUUUUAGAUAAUAUUUAGAAUUUUUUCAAUCAAUUGUAACGGAUUUGAUAGUAAUCCAACUAAAAAAGCUUUGAAUUUUUUCCCCCAACUCUUGCUAUUUCCACCUCUUGCAGUAAUGGUGGUUACAUAAUGAUAUACUUAAGACAAACAUUUUAGACAAUAUUUGGGAAAAUUUAAAAUGAAAUAAAAUGGAUUUGAUAGUUUACAUGGUUUUGAGUUAUUAUAUUAUUAUUAUUACAACCAUUGGCAAUAAUUGUUAGUCUUAUCGAAAAUUGUUUCAGAUCAAAGUUUUAGAUAAUAAUUAUAAGAUUUGCAAACAAUAUAAGGGUGUUAAGAAUUUUUUCAUCAUCUAACCCUUGUUUUUUUUCCCACCCCUUGAAGUUAUGGUGUUAUAAACAUAUAUUAAAAUUAAUCAUUUGACAAAUCCUUGUACAUGAUUAUAUAAAAUGGCAACAUAUUUUUCAUGUCAAGUUUUUGAAAAAAAAAAACUACUAUGAAUAAAGUAAUGUUUUGAAAUGUUAGAAAUCAUUUUGCACUGGUUGCAAACUUCUAGUUGAAAAAAGAAAUUCCAGAUUCCAGAUUUAAUACUAUAUGAGCUUUAGCCAUUCUAAACACGACUGUAUGCUUGUUGAGAUAAAAUAUUGUGUGAUGAUGACUGUGCUUGAAUGCCAAUAGCUACACCAGGUGAUGCAAACACUUAUCUAAAUUUUGAAUACAAUCAAACAUUUGUUAUUUCAAAGUACAAGUAUUUUAAUUUGGAUCAAAUAUGAAUCUCUAUAACAUUUACACAGGCCUAGUGCUGUGCAGUAUUUUGGUUUUGAAUCUUAUUUUGUUGUGAGACAUUUGUAUGAAAAUUUUCUGGGCUCAAUAUACUUAUUAAGUUCAUAGUUCAUAUGGUUUGAUACUUAAAAGAUGAAGGUAGGGACUUGCUUCAUUCAAUUAUGUACAGAGACUUAAAGCCAGUACGACCUCCAAGAUGAAAGUGGGUCUCCGUACCACUUGUCUGGAUGCUCAAUUUUUUUAGUUAAACCAGAGAUUGGAAUCAAGCAUACCACCAUCACCACGUGCUGAUGAUUUCCAUGAAAAUUGUUAUUUUUAGUUUGUUCAGUCCAUGGGAGCCGAGACCAGUUAUACUUCAAAACUAGACAAUCACUGUUAGCUUGUAUGUUUGGAAACAUUGUGAGCAUAUGAUAGAUAGCGCUUCCAGCAGAAAAAUUUAUAAACUUUGUAAAAUACUUGCUGUGCAUAAUUUAUGUGGGAAGAAGAAUAUACAAUAAUACAAAAUACACUUCUUUUACAAGUUCAUAGGUUACACUCAAUACCUGUGUUUAGUGCAGUAGAACCUUGAUGUAAUUUUUUUAUUACUUUUACAGACAAACCAUUAAUAAUUUUAAUUAAUAAUAAACAAUAUAUAAUAGUAUGUAAACAAUUAUUGUUAUUUUUUUGUGUAUAUGUAUAAAUUGUUGUAAGAAAACUCACAAUAAAUUAAGAGCUACUUAAGGGGCCCGCCUAGCCAGGGUGUAUCUGUAUUAGUCCAACAACACUUAGUCAUGCUUCUAGCGCUGUGUUGUCUCUAAGAGCAAGGCUCUGAACUAGCGCACAGUCUUCUUGCCUUGCAUAGGGCCAACUAUGAUAUUUGAGCAGUAAUUACAACAUUAUAUGGUGGAGAAAUGAAGACAAAAGUUGUAACGUAAUGCCCUUGAUUGCUAUUGAGAAAUCUGAAUGAGUGUUUCAUGUCCAAAUUCAGUUUCAAAACAAAGUACGGAAAUAUAACCACACAUCCACCCUCAGCUUACUCUUAAAUUAUUUUCUUGAACAGACACCCUUCGGAUCUGUCGAGAAGUUUUCAAAUUACGUUAUUUUUGUUUUUAUUUUCACUUUGAGGCAAUAUGGUUAUAAUGUAAAGAAUUACAGUGAAGUAGGUCCAUUCCGUUUAGUUUUCGCGUCACGGAACGGCGGACAUGUUACCCAUUGUUCAUUCAUUCGAUGGUAGAACAUGUGAUGACAUUGCAGUAUGUCUAUGUAGCCUAUUGGCAAAAUCUGCUGCACUGUAACUCAAUGUUAAGGUGAUAUUUGCAGAACUACAAAAUCAGUCUAGAAAAAUGCUUGAUCACAUCUAACCUAUACAUAAUAUAAAAUUAAAUACUAAUUUAUUAUAAUCAAUCCUAGCUUUUGAUAUUUACUAAAAAUUUCUUUAUGGUUUGGAUAUUCAUUGUUAAUUAAUCAAUAUUUAUUGAUCAAUAAUUAUUGAUAUCCUGACCUGUUAUUUUGAAAUGAGUAAUAAUUUUGUUAAUUUAUGUUAAUUUAUUUUUUCUAUUUGAACUGAAUUAAUAACAAUUACAAAAAAAUUAGGAUUCUUGAAUACUUUAAAAAGAAAUUAAAGUCAAAAAAUCCUGUGCUGUGUUAUCUUGUUGUUAAAUUGUAUGAAUGGUUUUGCUGAGUAAUACUAAGUAAUAUUAUAAAUGUGGUUAAGAAUAAAUUUUAUCAAACUUGAAUUACUUUUUAAAAAGUUUAUAAAUUGUAGUUAUAUAAUUGUUAUUGUUCGGGUCCUGAAAAUCUUAAUAUAACAUUUUAUGGUGGGAUUAUUUUAACAGUGAGUAAUAUUUAUUGUUAAUUAAUCAUUAUUGAGUGGUCAAUAAUUAUUGAUAUCCUGAGCAGUUAUUUUGAAAUGAGUAAUAAUUUUAUUUCAUGUUUAUUUAGGAAAAAGGUCUUUCUUUUUUCUGAAGCUACACGCCCAACUAGGCGGGGCCCUUAAGACUAUAAAUUACUAGAGCUUGGUAUUGAACAAGACACCCAUAGUGGAAUGCUUAAGCCAGCACGCGCAGCAGUGACUUCAGGCGAAGGAAAGUAUUGCCCCAUUCAACUAACCUGCAAAGUGUUUGCUUAAUGUUUGUCACUGCCAGAUGGUGCAGCCUUGCCUAAAUGUUCGAUCACCAAGCCAAGUGUUUAUCAGUGAAUCUAGCAUUCUUAGAAAAAAUAAUGGCUUAAGCAAUUUAAAUUUAAAAUUUUAGAAACGAAGUCCUUUUCGUACCUCACUGCUAUGAGUACUGUUAAGUAGCAAAAUCAGUGCCUUUUGCUCAUUGCUAAAAUAAAAUAAAAAAAUACAAAUUUUUGUGUGUGGUACAGUAACUCCAGUUAUUGUAGGUUGUCCACUGGAUAGGAACAAGAUGUAAUGGUGAAUUGUGAAAAAACAAACACUGAAAAGAAUGUCAAUACACCAUUUUACAACAAAUUAAAAAAUACGCUAUUUAGCAUUUAAAGGCGAAUCCGAUUGUGAACUCGUGCAGAAAUAAAACGAAACUUAACUCAAAUCACAAAUUUAUGUCUGUAUUUCAGCAUAAAUUUCAUUUUAAAAUGUAUGGCACAAAUGUAUAGGAAAAUAUAAUUAUAAUAUGUUUUAUUGUUCAUUCCUAACUACCUCAUUUUUCUAAUAGGUUCUAGUGUUGAUAUUCAUGAAAGACACUAUUCUUUCUGAUUUUUCUGUGUUUAUUAAAUAUAUCCUUCACAUCUUUAGUAAAUAUUUAUUUUAUUGUAAAAAUUCAACAUGUUUCAUAGUCAAAUUUACAUUAUUUUGGUGCAACAAUUUAGUUUGUGUAUUUUGUUGAAUAAUAGAUUAUAAUAAUAUAGUAUUUAAAACAAUAAAAGAUUUCCUCCCUUAAAUACAAAAUUGGCUUAAAAAAUAAAUUAAUUAUGUCUUGUCUCUACCAGAGGAGAAUUGGUUAUUUGAACUCAUCGGACUCAAAGGGUGGGUUUUAAAUAGUGUGACUUUGUUGUACAUUUUUCUAGUUGGCCGAAUGUUUUAUCUUUAUCCUCUAAACAACUUAUGUUGAUGGAUAAAUAUUUUUUAACACAAUUCUUUUAGCUCAAGUUAAGUAUGUGUUGACAAAUAUGUUAAACCUAAGAUUACUGACAGAAAUUAAAACAUUUAACUUGAAUUAUUAUAUGUAAACCUUCUUUUCAUUUUAGCUUAUAAUAGUUCAGGACUUUAAAGAGCAAUUCUUUAAGUACAUGAUAAAUAUUUUAAAACAUAGCACAGCUAAAUAACAUUUUAAAUAUAACAGAAAGAAAAAAAUUAUUUAUACGGUGUUGUAUAGUGAGAAAUACAGAAGAGUCCCGCUACUCCAAACUAAUUGGGGCAUAUUAUCGGAUUAGCCUAAUAACUGCUGUUAUACAAGAGCACGCAGUAAAAUAAAUCUCCAAAAGCAUUAAGUUAUCACAUAACACAACCUAUAACACCUAUAACACUGUUAAUGUUGAUCUUUUGGAGAAGACAUCAAAAAAAUUUUUUAAGAACAAAACAAAUUUUUUUUUUUUUGUUAACUUGCACCAUAAACGUGUUUGGAUUAGCCGGAUUUUUGGGAUUACAUUUCUUUUAUUUUUAAUGAUAAGACAUUUUUAAGCUGUUCUACAAGUGUUUGUUUCAAAUUAGUGUGGAAUUUUUUUCUCAACUUGAGUGUCUUUAUGCUUUGAUGCUUGCUACAAAUUAAAGAUUUAAGUAAUUAAAUGUACUUGCAUACAUAUGUUUUUAAUGGGUUUAUUUUGUACUGCACUUGUUGAGCUACUGCAAAAAAAAAAAUGUAUAUUGUAUUAAUAUUUGUAUUUUUUCCCCUUAAAAAUGCCAUGCUAAAUAUUUUAAAAUCAUAAUCAAGCAUAGCAAUUAAAGCAUAUAGUUUGUGUUUCUGAAAAUAUUCAAACUGUUAUCAUAAACACUAGAAAGAUUGUGCUUUGUGAUCCAAAGACGACCUUAGAAGUACUUGCAAUGUGCAUAUUAAUAUAAAGAAAUUACUUUUUCAUAUUUUUUCUCUCUUUAUAUUCACUUCUGAUUGAGUGCUGUGUUGAAAAAAUACAUACUCUCAAAUUCUAAACAUUCUGUAAUUGGAGCUAAUCUACAGUUUUAUAUAAAAUGUUCAAGUUUGAUAGGUCUAUGUAACUUGUUCUUCUUAUGAGCUAUGAAUUGACUGUUUAAUGUUUAUUAUAUCAGAAAUGUUGAAAUAUUUAAUAUAAACUUAGAUGUAAUAGGCACAUUAAGUGUUGAAGUUUUAGAGGAUGUACUAGUUAUUGAGGUUUGGUUGUACCUAACUUGUAUUUUUUUAAAUGUAAGAGUUAAAAAUGAGCUUGUGUUAAGUUUUCAGCUGCCAGGAGAAUUCAAAUAAUGUUCAGGACAAGAUUAAUAAAUAAUGUAAACUUAACACUGCAGAAACCUUCAGGCCUUAAAUAUGUUUGUAGCUUAGUUUGUCACAGAGACCUGAGAGAGCCAGUUAUAAAUUUUAUAAUGUGAACCUUAGUUUUUACCCCACCCGAAAUAGCAUUCAACAUUUUUUAAAUCAAGUAGAUGUAGAAGUAAGAUGAAUGUAGCUAAAGCAAUACACAAACACCAUUAUUAAUGAUCAAGCUCUUUGUCUAUAGGCUGAGUAAUUCUAGGCUCAACAGAUUAGUAUGCAAACCAUGGACACUCAAAACUAUUAUUAUUAGACCCAUAUUUUUUUUAUCAUUCAUCGAGUGCUAAUUGAUGUACAUAAAUAGUUAGCAGUAAGACUUCAAGAUGCUUUCUAAAUGCCAAGGCUGUGAUCCAUGUUUUUUUUUUUAAAGUUAACAUACUGCCAACUGUAUACUGUAUAAAAAAAUAACGUAACAUAUAAUCCAAUAUGUGGUAGUCAGUGUUAUUUAAAUAUGCUCUUAAGAAAGCCUUUUAAGACUGUACAAACUAGUUUUAUCUUUUAUGAAUUUAUGGCAGAUUUAUGUGUCUACUACUUUUGUUGGCACUUUUGGAAUCUAAUCUGUAUAGAUAUAAAUAUAUUUUACUCUCAUACUGCAAAAAAAAAAAAAAAAAUUGAAUUCCAGUUUAUUUGUUUUUUAGUUUGAAAUUUCAUCAUAUUUUCCAUAGAUAGGUACCUGUUGCUGAAUAAUCAAAUAUGAAAUUUUUAUUUACAUAAUAAACCUAGUUAUCAUGGCAGUUCAUUUUGUUGGUUGAGCAAAGUAGUUUUAGUAGAAUUCAAAUCUGUUGGUGCCUAGUAUUGCUUGAAAUCUAGAAUAGAUGGGCUGUGAUGAAAUGUACAUAAAAUUAUAUACAGUUUAAAUAUGAUUUUUGUCUUGGAAUAUACUUAGAGAACAUGUUUACAAAGCAAAAUGAAACAAUUUAAGAUCUCGUUAAGUUGCUGGUGUUGCAAACAUGAAUUACUUUAAAGAAUGUUGAACUGAAGAAAUAAAUGCAGUAUUAAUGUUUCAAGUUCCACGUUAA